GCGGCGCCAGCAGGAAGUGGUUGCAUUCCUCCACGUGCCGAGCAACGCUGCUACCUGACAUGGCGACGAUCGCUACGAUCCGAACGAUGGGGGGAUGAGAAGGCACCGAAGCUGAUACUCAUCACAAAUUUCGUUGAACAAGAGAUCAGCGACACUCAGACUGUGACGACCAAACUAUUGGGUAUAAUAUGUGCAUUUUUGUUGGGCUGGCACAAAACGUGGGCCUUUAACGAAUCGAGCAAGUCGUCAGAGAAUCGUCAAGAUGUCGAGAAGCGCACAAUGUUGUGUGAAGAUGCACAAUGUCUCAGUGUCAUCUAG